AUGUGCUCACUCAGUGCAGCCAAUGCCAAGUUCUGUCUUGACUUUUUUAGAGAGUUGAGCAAAAGAAACAGAAAUGAAAAUAUUUUCUUUUCCCCACUAAGUCUCUCAGCUGCAUUUGGGAUGGUUGUCCUCGGAGCCAGGGGCAACACACUCAAACAGAUUGAGAAGGUAUUUCAUUUCAGUGAAGUUUUGAACAGUACAAGUCAGGGAAGCAGAUACCCUUCUGAGAAGUGUGAAGAAGCUGGAGGAGUCCAUUCCCAGUUCCAGGCGCUGCUGGCUGCAGUCAGUGAACCCAGACCAGGCUGCUCUCUCACCAUUGCCAACAGGCUCUUUGGAGAAAUUACUUAUCCAUUCUUUCAGCAAUACUUGGAUUCCACUAAGAAAUUCUAUCGAGCAGAGCUGGAACCAGUCAAUUUUAAAUACCCUGAAGAAGAAGCCAGAGAGAAGAUUAACCUCUGGGUGGAAAGUGAGACAAAAGGUAAAAUCAAAGACCUAUUUGCUGCUGGGUUUAUUGAUCCCUCUACUGUACUUGUCCUGGUCAAUGCUAUAUAUUUUAAAGGAAAGUGGGCAGUAGGAUUUAAGAAAGAAGACACUAAGGAAACAUAUUUCCAACUGAACAAGAAUGAGAGAAGGACAGUGCAGAUGAUGUUUCAAGAAGGUUAUUUUAACAUGGCCAUCAUAGAGGAAAUGAAAAUGAAAGUGAUAGAGCUCCCAUACUUUGAUAAUGAACUGAGCAUGUUCAUUCUUCUUCCUGAAGUUGUCUCUGAGGACUUUACUGGCCUAGAGCAGCUUGAAUGCACCCUCACAUAUGAAAAACUUGCAGGAUGGACCAGCUCAGCUAGGAUGCAACAGCUGAAAGUGAAGCUGUAUCUGCCUCAGUUCAAGAUGGAGGAAAGUUACGUUCUCAACAAAACUCUUGAGGGUAUGGGAGUGAUGAAUGUUUUUGACUGGGGAAAAGCUGAUUUGUCAGGAAUCUCCAGGAAAGAUGGUUUGGUUGUGUCCAAGGCCAUCCAGAAGUCAUCCGUGGAAGUCAAUGAAGAGGGGACUGAAGCAGUUGGUGCCAUGGGGCUUGUUGCAGUGCCUCUGUGUCGCUCGAUUUCUUAUGAAUUCAAAGCUGACCAUCCAUUCCUCUUCUUCAUCAGACACAACUCAACCAACACCAUUCUCUUCUUUGGAAGAUAUUCGUCCCCUUAA